CAGCACAAUGAGCCUGUCUUCCACCUGAAAGCUGUAUGCCAUCGAGGCAGAGACAUCUCUAUCUAGCCGCGCGCAAAAAUUGAAAUGGCGCGUUUGGCUCGAGGCGUUUUUGUGUGGGCGCCUUUUGCAGAGGCACAAUGCAUAUCGAUAUACGUCAUUUAGUUUUCAUGGCCAGCAGAAUUUUAUUAGGACGCUGAGAGAAACAUUGUAAAACCAAAUUAAGACAUUCUUCUAAGCCCGCAAGAAUAGCUGGAAGAGAAACAAAAAAGAUGACAGUAGAAAAAAAUAUUAUUCAUAAAUUGUAAUACUGUAUAUAGCCUAUUUAAAUAGGUUCAAACAAAAGAUUGUUUCUCUUUUGCUAGAUGAAGCCAAAUACAUGCAUACAGGUAACCUAGUAAACCGUUAUCCUCGCGCAUGCACAUAUCUUUGUUCAAGCAGACGAAUAAAAGACGAUAAACGCGAUUAAAACACAUAUAUACGCAGUCUUCCAAAUGUGAAUAGCAAGAUCAAAUGUUGUUCUUGUAACUCGCCCCAGCUCAGGCAGGGUUGAGCUAAUUGUAGCCUAAUCCUGCCCCGGGGCGUUUGGAGAGCCUUAAGCAAGAAUUCUUGUUCAGCUGUCCUCUGUUAUUCGGGCUGGAACGCUGUGCCUUCAACGCUCUCUCGCGCUUCAACAAAAAAGGAGCAAGAAGGGGAAAAAAAGCGAGGCUAAGACACGCCACGAUCGAUCUCAUGUUUUAAAGAGGGCUGAAGAUACAUUUACAGCUAUGUCUUCCAAGGAGGGAAGGAGCAUGUCUCGGCUGUCUUUGACCCGGUCCCCAGUGUCUCCUCUGGCCUCUCAGGGAAUCCCACUGCCGGCUCAGCUGACUAAAGCAAACGCUCCAGUCCACAUUGACGUAGGCGGGCACAUGUACACCAGCAGUCUGGCCACCCUCACCAAAUACCCAGACUCCAGAAUCAGCCGCCUGUUCAACGGCACAGAACCGAUUGUUUUGGACAGUCUGAAGCAGCAUUAUUUUAUCGACAGAGACGGAGAGAUAUUCCGCUUCAUCCUGAGCUACCUGAGAACCAGCAAACUGCUUCUUCCUGAUGACUUCAGGGAGUUCCAGCUGCUGUACGAGGAGGCUCGGUUCUACCAGCUGACGCCCAUGGUGAAAGAGCUGGAGCGCUGGAAACAGGACCGCGAGCAGCGGCGGACGGCUCAGCCCUGCGAGUGCCUGGUGGUGCGGGUGACCCCUGACCUGGGCGAGAGGAUUGCCAUCAGUGGAGACAAGGCCCUCAUAGAAGAGAUUUUCCCAGAGACCGGGGAUGUCAUGUGCAAUUCUGUCAACGCCGGCUGGAACCAGGAUCCAACCCAUGUUAUUCGCUUUCCACUGAAUGGCUACUGCAGGCUCAAUUCUGUACAGGUCCUGGAGAGACUGUUCCAGAAAGGCUUCAGCAUGGUGGCGUCAUGCGGCGGGGGCGUGGACUCCUCCCAGUUCAGCGAGUAUAUCCUGAGUCGGGAGGACAGACGGUGUCAGACCAGCCACACGCCCAUCCGGAUAAAACAGGAGCCUCUGGACUAGCCAGGUCUUGCACCGACCACGAACACCUCAGUCUGCUUUCAAAAAACAAAAACCAAAAAAAAAAAACGCUAGCAGACAAAUAGAAGGCUUUAUUCGCAAGAAGAGUCUGCUUCGACUUUUCGGACUCCAAGAGGACUGAAAUUUUCGUAAAUGUUCGAGUAAUUUCAUCAACGACCCCAAAACUCCUCCAAAAGAUGCUUUACAAACACAAGCGAGCCACAGGAUGGCUUUUCAGCUGACCUCGAGUUGAACUUUUUAACUCUUUAUUUGUCUCGAGUCAUGAAAAAUGCACUCGUUGAUCUAUAUUUCCACUGUACAAGAACCAUGACAUAACUUUGCGAUUGUAAAGUCUGAGAAGAACUCUACAAGGAAGUUGCAUUUGUGGUGAACACACCUUCCGGCUAGAAGACUUUUUAAAUGAUGAGAUCUACAGUCAGAUCUACAAGCUCCCGGGCCAAAUUAACCACAAAAUACAAAAGUCUGAUCCAUUUUUAAUCUUGAUAUCUAAUGUUCUCAUUUUCCAGUCUCAUCUAUGUAAAUCAGUUCUUUUAUGACCUACAGGUUUAUUGCUGUUGUCUCGCUACAUGAAGGAUAUGAGAGCAGUUCUCAGAACUCAUUUGGUUGUAAGUGCGGUCUGGAGUUGGCCGUGUAGACGCUUUGACUUAAGGCUAAAGCGGAAGGUCUGCUAAUGCAUUUAGCGCUGGGCAGAGGCUUUUUGUUCUAGCGCGUCUGAAGGGAAACCUGGUCUCGCUUGUCUGAUGGCAUCGCUAAAGCCUCGACUUUCUUUCGGGUGCCCGUUUUCUUCAAAACUAGCCCUUGAACGUACCAUCUAGCAGCUUCGUAAAAUGAUUGCUUUGAGUAAAUGGUUAAAAAGCAAAUAUCUCUUUGUAGAUACAAUUCCCUUCGCGUCUAAAACAUCAUAUCGCUUGAUGAGGGCACCUUUUCGAUUAGUUAGCACUUUCAGGGGGAGCUGCUCGGACUGUCAGAGAAGAGGGGGAUAACUGCCCAGUCUCCAGGAGUUAAGGUCACUUUCCCACAAUCCCUUUUGAUUGCUCUCCCUUAGCAAAACAGUGCAAUCAGAGUCACUUCGAGAGAGACUGAGGGAGAAUAAACUUAAAAGGUUAACUUAGUGGCUGGUAAACAGACUGAAUUGCAUAAUGUGUUGUAAAAAGGCACAUUUAAUAAAAAACAGCUUUUUAAGCCUCUCCGCCUCACCAUUUAAAAAGGAAGGGUCACUGAAAUGUCACAGAUAUAUUAUGCUAUUUGUUGUCUUAACUGGCCAUUGUUUCUUUUAUGCUGUGUUCAAAUUUCUUCGAUUUGUCACACAUUGUACAAAGGUUCACGGACACUUUGCAGGUUCCCCUGAAUGCAAUUUACCAUCUCGCCGCUGUGCAACUGCCAUUUUGUUUAUAAAAAAAAAUGAGACUAUCUUGUCUCCAGUGCAACGAGGGUCAGAGAAGCAGUGUCGGACAUUACAAAAAUCUUAAUUUAAAUACUGCUCUAAUGGAUGUUGUGUCGAGAUGUAUAUUGCAGUAUGGUCCAAAUGUAUAUUAUUUAAAUAGAAAUUUUUUGUAAUGGAUUAUUAUUGAUAUGAAUCAUAGUGGUAUGUCAGGCAUGUGUUUAUUUGAAUUGUCAUAUUCUUUUUGUAAUUGGUGUUGAUAAAUGAACUUUUAAUAAAUUGUUGGGAUUCCUUCCCUAUGUUAAACCAGU